CCCACUACACUUAUCAAUCGGGUGAGCGAGUAGAUCACGGUUUUGCCGGGUGUCCGAGAUACGAUCACCACUACGGUCAGCACUGGUCUUAACGGCUGACCACUGCUAGGAUUAUCUGUAUACACGUUGACUGGACUAUCCGAGGACUCGACAGACUUGCGUGCAUCUUCGGCCCUCGUAUGAAGGUUUGUGAUUGGAUGGAUGCUGGGUGUGACGUCACUCAAGUCCUCACCGACAACCACUGCCCACUUCCUGACGCCAUGCCUUCCCAGACAGUGGUUCACAAGGAGGUGUGUUCUGGGUGUCAGUGCCCCAUCGAAGACCGCUUCCUGUUGAAAGUCAUGGAAAACUCAUGGCACGAACAUUGUCUCCAGUGCGCAAUAUGCCAAAUACCUCUCACCGGAUCCUGCUUCGCCCGGGACAGAAAGCUCUACUGUAAAACAGACUACGAAAAAAUGUUUGGUGCCAAGUGCAAUGGUUGUCUGCAGACAAUACCAGCCAAUGAGUUAGUGAUGCGAGCGCUAGGAUACGUUUAUCACCUGCCCUGCUUUGUGUGUGUGGCCUGUGGGCACCAGUUACAGAAGGGUGACCAGUUUGUGGUCAAGGAUGGACAGUUGUUUUGUAGGCUGGACUUCGAGAAGGAGUUCAGUAUGAUGCCGAUGAGCCCCAAAAGUGAGUGUGACACAAGUGACUGUGGUUUUGAUGACGACGGCCAUGACACUCCCAACAAAGGACCAAAGCGGCCCCGUACAAUUCUUACGACCAGUCAGAGACGGAAAUUUAAACAGUCAUUUGAAAUUAAUCCAAAGCCAUGUCGGAAAGUGAGGGAGUCUUUAGCUGCAGAGACAGGGCUGAGUGUCCGAGUUGUACAGGUGUGGUUCCAGAACCAGCGAGCGAAGGUCAAGAAAAUUGCAAGAAAACAGAAUAUGGAGAAUAAUAACAACACUGGGGAUGGGAAAAAAUCACAAAAAUCACAAAAAAGGAAAAAAUCGGAUGAUGAUAGUGAUUCCUCAGGUGAUUAUUCCGAUGGAGGACUGAACCCGGACAGUGAUGAGAGUGUCUUAACAAAUUUACCGCCGUUGUCUGAGAGUCAGCAGUUUCCCGGUCAGAGUCACCCCUAUGACCACCAACCCCAUCAAGGUAUGAUCUGCAGCAGCAUGUUCACAGUGCAAGGUCUGCCCGAGAGCAUGUACCCAGAAACACCAAUGCCAUUGGAGGAUGGUGUCGAAGCUAUUGAUCAAAUGCUGAUGAACGACAGCACAGGCCAUCCCCAUAUCUCAGCAUCAGGACCCCUUAUCAACCCUAUAGACAAACUGUACUCCAUGCAGAGCUCAUACUUCAGUGCUGAGUAGAGGAACCAUCCGAGUGUGUGUGUGUUGUGCUGGGGAAUGUGUCAAAGACUUCGGCUUGUUCGGCACAGGGCUUGUGUCAAAACUAGAUUGUGUCAAAAACUUCAUGGAAUUGCACGGAGAAGCCGUGGGAUGGGUCGAGCAUGGCUUCAUGUUAUAAUCACUGUACAGAUUUCAAUGUCUACAUGACAUUGCUGUAUAAAUAUAUAAUUUAUUUAUUAUUGUGAAUAUAAUAUUAUUGGAUUACCAAAGAUCUAUGACAUUCCAUGUGCAUUUUAUCAAAAUACGGAACCGAACAUGGUAGUAAGACUGUAAAAUAUCAUAGUGCGGGCGGAGGAAUCUAUUUAGUUCUCCAUUAUGGUAAAUGCUAAUUCAAGGAUGUCUAAAAAUUAAUGGUCUUUGCCAAUAUACAUUUUUAACAAUGAAGUUAAAACAUAUAGACAUGUUUGAACUAUAUUUGUGAAAAUAUUAGAUUCCAGUUGAUGAUAAUAAUACCAAGAUGUUAAAGAGAUCAACGAUUCAACUGGAUCUUGUUAAUAUCAUUAACACCUAGUCAUUUAGUCUGUCAGCAAUGAAAUUUAUGUAUGCUAGAUCUUCAAGUAGAGUUCUGUUGCUGAUUAAUGUAAUAGAUACACAUUCAAAACACAAUUUGGCGAAUGAUGAAUUAAAUUACGUUGGGCUGCAAUAAAUGAAUAUUCGAUUUUCAUCCAAGCUUUUCAAACAUGUGAAGGGGAGAUAUUUCAAUAUUUUAGAAUUUUAGUUAUUUAAGCAAACUAUUUAAGGCUUUUGAUUCACAUUAAAAUAUGAAAGUUCCGUAUGACUAUGUAUACGAUGUUAUUCCUCGAUUAAAGAAAGACGUGAACACAUGUACACACAGCCACAUAUUUUUGAAUAUACACACAGCAACGUUUUUUUGAUGGGGGUACCAAGGACAAUAAAAUUAUGUGAGGUGGGUAGUGUUUGGUAGUGAGGCUGGUGUGAAAAUCAAGUAAUUUAUUAUGGUCUUAAGUUAAUGUUUUGACAAGCGGUUCAUGGACGAUACAGUCAUAAACAACUAUAUGAGAUAGCCCCGCUUGAGCACCUGUUCCAAAAUAUGUACGCCCACCUGAAUUUCAUUACUGAAAAGAAUCUUCACCGUUCUCUGAAAAUAUUCUUCUGAACACGUCUUCUUCAAAAUAACUUGUAUGUGCUUGUUAUUGCAUUUCAGAAAAAAGUUUUGUUGAACAGAAGAAACAAUAAUUGCAACCAGCCAAUGUGUUUUUUAUAUACAUUGCUAUAGAAUUUGAAAGUAGAAACAGCCCAGUCUUAUUCUGUUUAUGUUUUAUGAAAUGUCUGUGCCAAAAUUUCGAAAAUAAUAAGAUGGGUUAGAUUGUCACUGGUGGAGUUUAGCAAUUUUAGUUCCAACACAUUUGCUGAAUACACCUUCCUUGACAAAAGAGGAUUUUCAUUCCAUAAGGUGAAAAUAAUGCAUUCAACCUAAUUGUCAGUGAAAAUGACCUUUUUUCCCAUCAUAGCACUGUUAAAAGACUGGGUACUGUUUUUCUUCUUUUAAGUUUAACAGACACUGACUGGUGGACUGGUUAAUCUUGUUAGGCAAAUCAAGCAGCCAUAUUGUUUUGAAGAAGAAAGUGACGUUGGUAUCUUUUGCAUCUCUUAAUGUUUUGUCAGCAGUUUGGAAUGUGGGUUCUUAUUACGUUUCUAUAAUCACUAGGCAGUCAUCUCCUUAUGUAGAGUAGUCAACAUAUGGUUUUAACUUAUCUAUAUGGAUGAAGAACACUAAAAGGAAACCGUUGACCGACACCCAUAGUAACAUGUGACUUAAAUACUACAUCAAUCUCAUUCAAAUUUGAUCUUAGUUCUCGUUACCGCCAAACAAAGAUCUGAGGACAUCCCAUUAUGGGUCACGUCAAAAACAUUUCAUCGGACCAGUCAGAGCGUCACUUACAAAUCAGGAAAGUGACAAUCCGAAUCUUGCAACCUUUAAACGUUCAACACGGGGUAUUCCGAAGGAUAUUUAAAGGUUUUACGAUUGAAUCCGUAAAAAACUUCAUUUAUCUGAACGGAAGAGACUUUGCAUAGCCCUUGGAAGUACUGCCCUACAAUCUCGGCACUCUUUUAGACAUUCCAGUAUGUUCUUUUGUUCAGUUUUCAAAUUUUGAUUUCGAGAACUUUGUUAAAUUUCUUUUUCCAAGCAUAGUUGCCAGUUUGAAACGUGCGAUAGAGCUCGAGAAAGCUGCUGUCUGAUUGGCUUAUGUUGACUUCUUGUUAGUCAUUGGUUGGUCAAAGUUGGUGAAAGGUGAUUCCUCCAUGACCCGUAAUGGGAUGUCCUCAGAUCUUUGUUUAGUGGUAAUAUUUUUUUAAGUGAGAUUAAUACUACAUGGAAUUUACUUUCUGCACAAUACACCAGUGGUAUAACUACCAGUAGGCCUUAUGUCGGGAAAGACAUGGGUGACAUUGAAACUAGCACAAUGUUAUAAGCCUCAAUCUGGGAUUAAGCAGAACCUGAAAUGAGCGCUUGAUGAACAGGCUUUUGCAACUGGCUGUCCUAACAUAUUUGAUUUAAAUAUCUCAGUUUUAUGAUGUAUACCAUUAAAAAAAGUUAAGGACCAACCGAUUCUUUCAUAUUACUAUAGCUAAUCUGUCAUGACAGAUUACCUAUAGUAUCCCUGUUUCAUGGGUUUUCGAACGCUUAAGAAACAUUCAUAGUUUUCUCUCACAGCACAUGAAUAACGGUAAAACAUCUCAUUCUCUUUUAAAAGACAACUUUCUCUUAAAAACAAGCCAUCACCUAAAUAUUUACAAUGUCUGUGUGAUGCUUCACCCCCAGUUAUAGUGUGAGUAAUCGUGAUAAACAUGGAUGUGCAAAAAAGUAUGAUGUCAGAAAACCUAUGAUCCAACAAUAAUAUGAAAGAAUCAUGACAGAUUAAUUGUAGUAUGAAAAAAUCCAUCUUCCCGAGGAAAGAGAGUUAACUGACUUAAAAAGUCCAGUUUCCACCCUUGCCGAACUAGGCUGGAAUUACUGG